AUGCAUAAUCAUAUAGUUCAAGACGAAUUCACAAGAAAAGCAAGGGAAUUACAUUUCAAAAUCAAAAUUUUAUAUCAUAGGAAGAAAUCAACUGCCAUGAAACUAGAAGUAAAUAGUAGAUUACUUUCAGUACGUCCAAAUAUCGCUGGACGUUUACCAGGUCUUUAUACUAUCAACGAACGUGUAGUUUAUUUGGGAGAAUGGAAUUAUGGAUUAAUGUCAUUCGCAGCAGUUGGUGCAUUCGGUGUUGGUAACAUACACGUAAAUAUCGACCCAACACUAAUUACAAACAAGAAAGAGGAUAAUGCAUUGCGUUUUCGUUCUUCAAACACGCCAACAAUAAUAAAUGAAGAAUAUAAACCACCAUACUUUGAAGCAAUAUUUGAUAAUGAAAUGAAGCUUAAGAAAGGUGAUGAAUUGGGGUGUUUUCGUCUCGGAUCCACAGUUGUUUUGAUUUUUGAAGCUCCUUCAAAUAAGUUCAAAUGGUGUGUAAAAUCAGGUCAACGAGUUAAAUUUGGCGAACCAGUUAUAAUGGAUUACUAG